GCGCCUUAUAUUUCCUCCACUUGCAAUUAACCCUUCGUAAAAUUAUUAUUUACAGUCGCAGAACGCUUACCGGCCGGGAAUUGGGAUACCGCCGGCGCCGGAAUCUUCCAGCACCACCUUUGAUCUUGUAGAGUGAAAAAUAGCAACAAAACGAAACGAGAAGAAUUUCAGAAGCAAACUUCUUCCAUACAAAUCCUAGAAGACAAUACAUGAAUCGCUCUUCUCUGAUUCCGAAGCAAUUGAAUUGGGGUAUACCUAAAAUUUGAAGCCUGCGUGUUCUUGGCUAAACAGAAUUUUGAAAGUUUUUGCUGCAGGCUAAACCAGCAUGAAUAUUGGUUCAAUCAGUGCUUGCACGAGGAAUGUUGUCCAUCUGAACUCCCGUGUUCCCAUGCAGAUGGGCAGCAACAUAUGUUCAGUGCUUUCCCCAAGAAUAUCAAAUUCAUGCUGUUCAUAUGGCAUUUCAAGACCAAAAUAUGCCGAUCAAUCUGUAACCACGAUAUCAUCUUGUACACCAAAUACUAGCCAAAGAUUUCCGGGAGGCUGUCUCAGUUACUGCUUCUCCAGACAGCCGAUUGACUUCAAGAAUUUAACAGUUAAAGAUUUGAUCACUGAUGGGGGAUCGCAUGGACGAGGACUUGAAAUUUCAUUGGCAUGCAAAGGUAUGAAUGUGAAGCUCUCAAUCACUAAUGAUGGGUUUAGCAAAAUCAAGCAUAACAUGCGAUGGCCAGAAAGAUGUGCAUCUGCUGGCUUAGUUUUUGGUUGGGUGGUUUGUUAUUCAAGUUCUGAACCAGUCCAUGCUGAAGCAGCUUGUGAGAAAGAAGAUAAUGAAGAAAACUCUGAUUCUUCUCCUGUCAAAUUCUCUCAUGGAAAGACGGUUUACACCGACUAUUCUGUUAUCGGAAUUCCUGGAGAUGGAAGAUGUUUGUUCCGCUCUGUUGCACAUGGUGCUUGUUUGCGAUCCGGGAAAGCGGCUCCAAGUGAGAGCCUUCAGAGGGAUUUGGCAGAUGAGUUGCGGAAUAAAGUUGCAGAUGAGUUCAUCAAACGACGCAAGGAAACGGAAUGGUUUGUUGAAGGUGAUUUCGAUAGGUACGUGUCAAAUAUGCGAAAACCACACAUAUGGGGAGGCGAGCCUGAGUUAUUCAUGGCCUCACAUGUUCUUCAUGCUCCUAUAAUUGUGUACAUGUAUGAUAAAGAUUCUGGUGGGUUGAUAUCCAUUGCUGAAUAUGGCGAUGAAUAUGGGAAAGAAAAUCCAAUCAGAGUUCUGUACCAUGGUUUUGGCCAUUACGAUGCACUGCAGAUUCCUGCAACUGCAAGUAAAGGGGUACGUAGAUCCAAACUUUAGUGUUAUAACUGAAAUAUUGUGAAUUAAUGACAUCUUAUUUUAUUCUAUUAAUAAAUCUGUCUCCAUUUCAAUGAGAA